GAAAGUGGCUUGUUUGCUUCCCUGUUUCACUUAGUAGAUGGAAUUAUGUCGAAGGAACAGGUCUUUCAACAAAGAUGUUUUUUUCCCCUUUCCUAUGUAACAAUAAUCCAAUCAGGAUCUGUUAUAUACAAAUGGAAGCUAAUGGCUUAUCCACUUGUUCUCUCUUUAAUAUAUUUGCUGCUUCCAUGGACUGAUUCAACACCUUGUGCAGUCCAAAUGAACACGCUUCGUGAUCUCAAAAUGUUCUAUAAAUACUCGAACUCCUCCAAUCCAAUUUAUUCCAUCAAGCAGCAUUUGGUUCAAACGAAGAGCAUGGAGAUGGCAAGUCGUAUCAUCUUCCUCGCCCUCGUCGCCUUAGCUUCCACCAGUCCUGCCAUGGCUUCUGAUCCCAACCAGCUCCAAGAUUUCUGUGUCGCCGAUGAGAACUCAGCAGCUUUGGUCAAUGGCCUGGCCUGUAAGGACGCACAGAUGGUCACCGUCGACGACUUCUUCUUCAGUUGCCUCGACAAGCCUGGUAACACUUCGAAUGCCGUCGGCUCCAAGGUGACCCCUGUCAGUGUGGCUCAGAUUCCUGGGCUGAACACACUGGGCAUCUCCUUGGUUCGCAUCGACUACGCUCCCUUUGGCCUUAACCCACCACACACCCACCCGCGCGCCACCGAGGUCCUCGUCGUGCUGAAAGGCGCCCUUCUCGUUGGCUUUGUGACCUCCAACCCUGAGAACAACCACCACACCAAGGUUCUUAACAAGGGCGACGUGUUUGUGUUCCCUCAAGGUCUGAUCCACUACCAAUACAACAACUGGACCGCCAACUCUGUAGCCAUUGCCGGCCUCAGCAGCCAGAACCCUGGCGUUAUCACUGUCGGCAAUGCUAUCUUUGGAUCGACGCCGCCCAUCUCCGACGAUGUGCUCGCGAAGGCCUUCCAUGUGAGCAAGGAGACAGUCGACGCAAUCCGGGCCAAGUUCUGAGAAACGCAUCGAAGAGUUU